AUGGAGGUCAGGUCAGGGGAAGAGAAUAAUUCUGCACCAGAUGGGGUCCUUCUUGCCGUGAUGCUGGACUUGAGAGGGGCGGCGGAAAUGGAGGGCUCGUGGGUCGUCGUCGGCCCGGCGGGCGGCGAGGGGAGGGUCGGCGCGACCAACAUCGGGAGGCUGCGGCAGGGGAAGGCGGCGAGGGGCGGCGCCGGCGGAGUCACCUCGUGGGACCUCAGGGUGUUCGCCGGGGUGGUCGGCUUCAUGGGCUGCCUCCUGCUCGUCGCCUCCCUCCUCAUGUCCGCGGUCCACCAGGUGCAGUUCAGGAACGGCGCCAUCUCCGUCAACUUCAGGGGCCUCCAGGAGGUCAAGCAGAAUUUCGUAAGGAGGGAACAAAAAGAAGAGAUAAUGCAUGAAAGACUUAUACAGAUGGCAACUUUAGCCACCACAAAGAACGAGUCAGAUAGCGACAGUUUCGCGUUAUGGGAAGAACCCUACCAACAGGCGCGCAAAUGGAAGCCCUGUGCUGCAAAACACAGCUUGGCCGAUGAAGAGCCUGGCGAGAACAACAAUGGAUACAUUCUGAUCAGCGCAAACGGUGGACUGAACCAACAGCGCGUGGCCGUGUGUAACGCUGUUGUGGUUGCAGCUCUGCUUAAUGCCACACUAGUUCUCCCUCGGUUUCUUUACAGCAGCGUGUGGAAGGACAUAAGUCAGUUCGGUGACAUCUACCAGGAAGACUACUUCGUGAACUACAUGAAGAGUGACGUGCGCAUUGUGAAAGAAUUACCACCCCAUCUCCAGUCUGUAGAUUUAGAGGCUAUCGGUAGCCAAAUCACUGAUAAUGACAUCAUGAAAGAGGCUGAACCGUCUGAGUUCAUCAAAACUGCACUUCCCGUUCUUCGGAAGAACCAUGUCGUUCAUUUCCUCGGGUUCGGUAACCGGCUCGGCUUCGACUCGGUACCAGUCCAUCUGCAGAGGCUGCGAUGCAGAUGCAACUUCCACGCUCUGAAGUUCACCCCUGAAAUCCAGAAGCUGGGGUCUCUUCUGGUCCAGCGGCUGCGGGGAGUGAGCGAGAUGCAGACGGAGAUGGACAAGCAGCUCUUCGGAGGUAACAUGAUCAACACGGCGUCCGGGGAGGAGCGCACCGACGACGCCGGCGGGCCGAGCAGGUACCUCGCUCUGCACAUGAGGUUCGAGGUGGACAUGGUCGCCUACUCCCUCUGCGAGUUUGGCGGCGGCGAAGAGGAGAGGAGGGAGCUGCACGCGUUCAGGGAGAUCCACUUCCCGGCCCUCGCCACGCGCCUUCGGAACACCACUGUGUCGCCGGAGGAGCUGAGGAGCCAGGGGAGGUGCCCGCUGACGCCGGAAGAAGCCGGGCUCAUUCUGUCGGCGCUCGGCUACGACCACCGGACGUUCAUGUACGUGGCCGGGUCUCAGAUAUACGGCGGCGCGACGCGGCUGCGCCCUCUGACGCGGCUGUACCCGAAUCUCGUCACGAAGGAGGACAUCCUCUCCUCCGACGAGCUUGCUCCAUUAAAGAACUUCUCUUCCCGGCUCGCAGCGCUGGACUUCAUCGCCUGCGCCUCGUCGGACGUGUUCGCGGUGACGGACUCCGGCAGCCAGCUGUCGUCGCUGGUGUCAGGGUACCGCGUGUACCACGGCAGGGGCCGCGCGCCGACGCUGCACCCGAACCGGAAGCGCUACGCGCAGAUCCUGUCGGAGGAAGGCGGCAUCGAGUGGAGCGGCUUCCAGAAGAGGGUGAGGACCAUGGUGGAGGAGUACAAGCGGGUGCGCGCCCGGCCGAGGGGCCGCACCGUCUACCGGCAGCCCAGGACGCCUGGGUGCAUGUGCAGGGCCGGCGGCGACGGAAGCGUCGACUUCUGAGUUUCUCUGUCACGGUGUUGAAGUCGACUUCUGAAUUUCUGACUAAAGCCAUUCUUCUCCCCUUUUACUUCGAAAGCCUGCAGUUGUUCGUUUCGUUCUUCUGUGCAUAUAUUGUUUAGCUUGGGGUUCUUUGGAAUUUAGAUAGCUCUAUGUAUAGGAUACACAAAUUUAAUACAUGAGAUUUUAGAGUACUCACAGUACAGUAUUAGGUUGAUUUUUUUGAGUGAUAGUAUGCUUGUAACUGAGGUUGUUUGGAACGAAGAGAUGUACAAAUGAAAUGUA